UAGAGGCGGCGCUGCGCCUGGGAAUCAAUAAAGUAUCUACCUAUCUAUCUAUCUAUCUAUCUGUCUGUCUGAUGUUUAUCAAUGGAUGUGUUGACUGUGAUAAACACUUUUGAUGGGUCCGAAGAAGCUGUUAAGCCCACGCCAGGUGGAAGACAACGGCGUUUAAACGAAGACAACCACGAACGUCAACAAACUAAAAAGAUACACUACUCUGGUGGAGGACGGAUCCCCACCAUUGGAUGUAAACACACCUCAGCUAAAUGCUUUUGCCAAGCAGAUAGAUUGACACCCGAUGACCUUGUCAUGAAUUUUCAGAAGUUUCAUGACAAACCUAAUAAGGUGGAACAGGACGCGGCACUUCUUUACCUGAUGAGCGUAUCUGAGGUAAAACGGCAGCGUCAGAACGACGAAAACCGACAGAAGGGGAGGAAUGUCACCGUGAAAUACAGCCUGCUGUGGGAUGAGCACCCCAACAAAUUGCCAGUUUGCAAGGCCACAUUCCUGUCAGUUUUGGGAAUCAGCAAAGACCGGGCCUCCCGGGUUGCCCAGUAUUAUGCUGAGACUGCAGAGGCUCGUCCGGAGAGAAGAGGUGGUGCGAGAAACAUCGAGGGGAGCGACAGUAGAAGGCAACUGAUCAUAAAUCACAUCAAGACCUUCACGUGCAGGGCCAGCCACUAUGGGCAGGCCUACUACUCUCGUCAGCUGUAUCUCUACCUGUUUGGUGUUGUAAGACACCAUGGAGAGAAUAGUCGGCAGCCAAAAGAGGAUGUCCAUCUCUAUGUGUGGCAAGAAAAUCAGGGUCCCAAGGACAGCAACAUGAUUGCAUCUGCUUUGAAUGACUGCUUCAUAGUUCGCCUUGCCAGUCAAAUUCGCAGAUCCAAGGGGCUUCGGCUCUUCAGUGACUCGUGCUAA